AUGUCCACGGUUAAAUCUGUAUUCAAAGUAUUCGUUAGCAAUAUACCUUGGACGAUUAGUCAACGAGAAUUGAAACAGUAUUUCUCCGAGUACGGUCAGGUAGCUUACACCAGCGUAGUUUUCGAUAGAACUACCGGACUAUCCAAAGGUUACGGUUUCGUUUCGUUUACGACGCAAGGAGGCGUCGAUGCGGUUACCAGUAAAACCACUCAUUCGCUAGAAGGAAAUAAUUUAGUCAUUCAACCCACCGAUUAAUUAUUUUCACAUUCGAGAGUAGUUAUUUUUUUG